AAAAAAAAACCGGACUGAGAGAGUGGAGCAGAGAAAGACGGGGAGGAAGCUGUAGUUUAGCCUGAACUCUCCGCGAAGCUGCUGUCGACACGAAAAGAAGUUUGACUCCCGGCGACGCUGACUGAGGCACUCGGUUGUUGUUAGCCACCUACUGCAUCCUACAAGGAGCCACCAUGUCAGACGCAGAUAGGUUUCUGUACGUGGACCGCAAUGUGGUCAACAACCCGCUGGCACAGGCGGACUGGGCCUCCAAAAAACUGGUAUGGGUUCCAUCAGAGCGCCUGGGCUUCGAGGCCGGCUCGGUGAGGGAGGAACGCGGCGACGAGUGCGUGGUGGAGCUGGCCGACUCUGGUAAGAAGAUCAAGGUGAACAAGGACGACAUCCAAAAGAUGAACCCCCCCAAGUUCAGCAAAGUGGAGGACAUGGCAGAACUGACCUGCCUGAACGAGGCCUCCGUGCUGCACAACCUGAAGGAGAGAUACUACUCUGGGCUCAUAUAUACAUAUUCCGGUCUGUUCUGCGUGGUCAUAAACCCCUACAAGAACCUGCCCAUCUACUCAGAGGAGAUCGUUGACAUGUACAAGGGCAAGAAGAGGCACGAGAUGCCCCCUCACAUCUACGCCAUCACCGACACGGCGUACAGAAGCAUGAUGCAGGAUCGUGAAGACCAGUCCAUUCUCUGCACAGGGGAGUCUGGUGCUGGGAAGACAGAGAACACCAAGAAGGUCAUCACACAUCUGGCUCAUGUGGCCUCCUCUCAUAAGACCAAGAAAGACCAGAACAGUUCCAUCCUGUCACAUGGGGAGCUGGAGAAGCAGCUUUUGCAGGCCAACCCGAUCUUGGAAGCCUUUGGAAACGCCAAGACAGUGAAAAAUGACAACUCCUCCAGAUUCGGAAAGUUCAUCAGGAUCAACUUUGAUGUCAACGGCUACAUCGUCGGUGCCAACAUUGAAACUUACCUGUUGGAGAAGUCUCGUGCCAUUCGCCAGGCCAAGGAGGAGAGGACCUUCCACGUCUUCUACUACCUGCUCACAGGCUCUGGAGACAAGCUGCGCAACGAACUCCUGCUUGAAAAUUACAACAACUACCGCUUCCUGUCCAAUGGGAACGUCAUCAUUCCUGGGCAGCAGGACAAGGACCUGUUCCAUGAGACCAUGGAGGCCAUGAAGAUCAUGAGUAUUCCAGAGGAUGAGCAAAUCGGGCUGCUGAAGGUGGUGGCCUCUGUUCUGCAGAUGGGAAACAUGAGCUUCAAGAAGGAGCGACACACGGACCAGGCCUCCAUGCCAGAUAACACAGCUGCACAGAAGGUUUGCCACCUCAUGGGCAUGAACGUGACCGACUUCACCAGAGCCAUACUCUCCCCCAGGAUCAAGGUGGGCCGAGACUACGUCCAGAAGGCCCAGACCCAGGAACAGGCAGAGUUUGCUGUGGAGGCCUUGGCCAAGGCCACGUAUGAGAGGAUGUUCCGUUGGCUGGUCAUGAGGAUCAACAAAGCCUUGGACAAGACCAAGAGACAGGGGGCUUCCUUCAUCGGCAUCCUGGACAUCGCUGGCUUCGAGAUCUUUGAGCUGAACUCGUUCGAGCAGCUCUGCAUCAACUACACCAACGAGAAGCUGCAGCAGCUCUUCAACCACACCAUGUUCAUCCUGGAGCAGGAGGAGUACCAGAGGGAGGGCAUCGAGUGGAGCUUCAUCGACUUUGGCUUGGACCUGCAGCCCUGCAUCGACCUCAUCGAGAAACCUGCCAGCCCCCCAGGAAUUCUGGCUCUGCUGGACGAGGAGUGCUGGUUUCCCAAGGCCACAGACAAGAGUUUUGUGGAGAAGGUUCUGCAGGAGCAGGGAACUCACCCCAAGUUCUUCAAACCCAAGAAACUGAAGGACGAGGCAGACUUCUGUAUCAUCCACUACGCCGGCAAGGUAGACUACAAGGCCGAUGAGUGGCUGAUGAAGAACAUGGACCCACUGAAUGACAACGUGGCCUCACUGCUCAACCUGUCCACUGACAAGUUUGUCUCUGAGCUGUGGAAGGACGUGGACCACAUCGUGGGGCUGGAUAAGGUGUCUGGCAUGUCCGAGAUGCCUGUGGACCACAUCGUGGGGCUGGAUAAGGUGUCUGGCAUGUCCGAGAUGCCUGGUGCCUUCAAGACCCGGAAAGGCAUGUUCCGCACAGUGGGCCAGCUGUACAAGGAGCAGCUGUCCAGGCUGAUGGCCACUUUGAGGAACACGAACCCAAACUUUGUCCGCUGCAUCAUCCCCAACCACGAGAAGAAGGCUGGUAAACUGGACCCACACCUGGUUCUGGACCAGCUGAGGUGCAACGGUGUGUUGGAGGGCAUCCGUAUCUGCAGACAGGGUUUCCCCAACCGCAUCGUCUUCCAGGAGUUCAGACAGAGGUAUGAAAUCUUGACUCCUAAUGCCAUUCCAAAGGGCUUCAUGGAUGGAAAACAAGCCUGUCUGCUCAUGAUCAAAAGCCUGGAGCUGGACUCAAACCUGUACCGUAUGGGUCAGAGCAAAGUUUUCUUCAGGGCCGGCGUCCUGGCUCACCUGGAGGAGGAGCGAGACAUGAAGAUCACUGACAUCAUCAUCAGUUUCCAGGCCUGGUGCAGAGGCUACGUGGCCCGCAGGGCUUUCGCCAAGAGGCAGCAGCAGCUGACUGCUAUGAAGGUGAUCCAGAGGAACUGUGCUGCCUACCUCAAACUCAGGAACUGGCAGUGGUGGAGGCUCUUCACCAAGGUGAAGCCCCUGCUGCAGGUCAGCAGACAGGAGGAGGAGCUGCAGGCCAAGGACGAUGAGCUGCUUAAAGUGAAGGAGAAACAUCUGUUUGCUGAGCAGCAGCUGCAGGAGAUGGAGGAAAAGCAACAGCAGCUAAGUGCUGAGAAGAUGGCCCUGCAGGAGCAGCUCCAAGCAGAAACGGAGCUUUGUGCCGAGGCGGAGGAGAUGAGAGCUCGUCUGGCCGCGAGGAAGCAGGAACUGGAGGAGAUCCUCCACGAUCUGGAGGCCCGUGUGGAGGAGGAGGAGGAGCGUGCGUCUCACCUGGUUACAGAGAAAAAGAAGAUGCAGCAGAACAUCGCCGACCUGGAGCAGCAGCUGGACGAGGAGGAGGCCGCCAGGCAGAAGCUCCAGCUGGAGAAGGUGACUCUGGAGGCCAAGAUGAAGAAGAUAGAGGAUGACGUCAUGGUUUUAGAUGACCAGAACAACAAGCUCAUGAAGGAGAAGAAACUGAUGGAGGAGAGAAUCUCUGAGUUCACCACCAACCUGGCUGAGGAGGAGGAGAAAUCCAAGAGUCUGCAGAAACUUAAGACCAAACAUGAGGCCAUGAUAACAGACCUGGAAGACCGCCUGCGCAGGGAGGAGAAGCAGCGCCAGGAACUGGAGAAGAACCGUCGCAAAAUUGAGGGUGACUUCACUGAGAUCCACGACCAGAUCGCCGAGCUCCAGGCCCAGAUCGCCGAGCUCCGAGCCCAACUGGCCAAAAAGGAGGAAGAACUACAGGCAGCUCUAGCCAGGAUUGAGGAGGAGGCGGCCCAAAAGAACAUGGCCCAGAAAAAGAUCCGUGAGUUGGAGGCUCAGCUGUCUGAACUGCAGGAGGACCUGGAGCUGGAGAGACAGGCCCGGGUCAAGGCUGAGAAACACCGCAGGGACCUGGGAGAGGAGCUGGAGGCCCUGAAGACGGAGCUGGAAGACACACAGGACUACACUGCUGCCCAACAGGAACUGAGGACCAAGAGAGAAACUGAGGUGACCCAUCUGAAGAAGACCCUGGAAGAAGAAGCCAAAGUCCACGAACACCAACUGGCUGAGAUGAGACAGAAACACAGCCAGGCCUUCGAUGAGCUCAACGAGCAGCUGGAGCAGGCCAAGAGGAACAAAGUUUCAGUGGAAAAGACCAAGCAGGCUCUGGAGUCGGAGAGGAACGAGCUGGCCAUCGAGCUGCAGACGCUGAUGCAGGGUAAAGGAGACUCUGAGCACCGCAGGAAGAAGGCUGAAGCCCACGUCCAGGAGCUGCAGGUCAAAUUCACCGAGAGUGAGCGUCAGAGGGUGGAGCAGGCGGAGAAACUGUCCAAACUCCAGGCUGAACUUGAUAACGUCAACAUGGUGCUCAGUGAGGUGGAGGGAAAGUCCAUCAAAGCGACCAAGGACUGUUCUGCUGUGGAGUCUCAGCUCCAGGAUGUUCAGGAACUUCUCCAAGAGGAGACGCGUCAGAAGCUGUCUCUGGGCACACGCAUGCGUCAGCUGGAGGACGACCAGAACAACCUGAGGGAACAGUUGGAGGAAGAAGAAUCAGCCAAGAAGAAUGUGGAGAAGCAGCUCCUGACUGUGCAGGCUCAGCUCGCUGAAAUGAGGAAGAAGAUAGAGCAAGACGCAGGGGUCCUGGAGACCACCGAGGAGGGAAAGAAGAGGUUCCAGAGGGACCUGGAGUCGGCAAACCAGCGCCUGGAGGAGAAAUGUACGGCCUACGACAAGUUGGACAAAACCAAGACACGCCUCCAGCAGGAGCUGGACGACCUGCUGGUGGAUCAGGACCAUCUGAGACAGAUCGUCUCCAACCUGGAGAAGAAGCAGAAGAAGUUUGACCAGAUGUUGGCCGAGGAGAAGAACAUCUCUGCACGAUACGCAGAAGAGAGAGACCGAGCUGAAGCCGAGGCUCGUGAGAAGGAGACCAGAGCUCUGGCUUUAACUCGGGAGUUGGAAUCUCUGAUGGACAUGAAAGAAGAACUGGACCGCAACAACAAACUGCUGCGGGCUGAAAUGGAGGACCUGGUCUCCUCAAAGGACGACGUCGGCAAGAGUGUCCACGAGCUGGAGAAGGGCAAACGUUCACUGGAGCAGCAGCUGGAAGAGAUGAAGACUCAACUGGAGGAGCUGGAAGACGAGCUGCAGGCCACGGAGGACGCCAAGCUGCGUCUGGAAGUGAACAUGCAGGCCAUGAAGGCUCAGUACGAGAGGGACCUGGCAGGACGAGAUGAGAUGGGCGAGGAGAAGAAGAGAGCUCUGGUCAAACAGGUGCGGGAGAUGGAGAUGGAGCUGGAGGACGAGAGGAAACAACGCUCUGCUGCUGUGGCCGCGCGGAAGAAGCUGGAGCUGGACCUGAAGGAGCUGGAGGCUGGAAUCGACAUGGCCAACAAGAACCGUGACGAGGCUCUGAAGCAGCUGAAGAAACUUCAGGCCCAGAUGAAGGACCUUGUUCGUGAGCUGGACGACACUCGCAUGUCCAGGGAAGAGAUCCUGGCCCAGAGCAAGGAGACUGAGAAGAAGCUGAAGGCCAUGGAGGCUGAGAUGAUCCAGAUGCAGGAGGAGCUGGCAGCAGCAGAGAGGGUGAAGAGACAGGCCCAGCAGGAGAGAGACGAGCUGCAGGAUGAAAUCAACAACCAGGCCAGCAAGAAUGCUCAGGUCGCAGAGGAGAGGAGGCGUCUGGAGGCUCGUAUCGCUCAGCUGGAGGAGGAGCUGGAGGAGGAGCAGUGCAACACGGAGCUCAUUAAUGACCGUCUGAAGAAGGCGAUGCUGCAGACUGACCAGAUGAACGUGGAGCUGACCGCCGAACGCAGCACCUCUCAGAGAGUGGAAGGCGCUCGUGCUCAGAUGGAGCGUCAGAACAAGGAGCUGAAACUGAAGCUGCAGGAGCUGGAGGGAACCGUCAAGUCCAAGUACAAAGCAAACAUGGCCGCCCUGGAGGCCAAGAUUGGUCAGCUGGAGGAGCAGCUGGACAUGGAGACCAGGGAGAGGCAGACCGCCACCAAACUUGUGAGGCGUACGGAGAAGAAACUGAAGGAAGUCAUCCUGCAGGUGGACGAUGAGCGACGCAACACAGAGCAGUACAAGGACCAGGUGGACAAGUUGAACUCCCGUAUGAAGCAGUUGAAGCGACAGCUGGAGGAGGCUGAGGAAGAGGCUCAAAGAGCCAACGCCAACCGAAGGAAACUCCAGAGGGAGCUGGAGGACGCCACAGAGUCUUCAGACGCCAUGGCCCGUGAGGUCACCUCCCUGAAGAACAAGCUCAGGCGUGGAGAUCUCCCCAUCCUCACUCGCCGCACCGUUUCCCGCGCCGGCAUUGAGAGUGACGAAGAGAGCGAGGCCAAGGCCGAGACUCCUGAACCCAAACCAGAAUGAGCAGCCAAC